AUGGCUCCCUCCUACCAGGACAGUUACAGCUAUGGACCGUCGACAGAUGCCGGUAGCUACGGUAGCUUCGAGAACAAGCAGUAUCACCUGCCUGCUGCCAGCCAGCCUCAGCUCCCGGCCACGGCCACGGCCUGCCAGCCAGGGACUAAAGGAACUUCUGUCCAGUCCCGUGGAGGGCACAGCCAAGUGCAGCCCCUACGAUCAGUGGCCGCUGCCGAGGCAGGGCAGCCAGCCAGCACCCUGGCCUUGAGCUACACCGAGAACUACCCCUACCCACUGGUGACCAGCGCCCUGCCCGUGGCCUCCAUCUCCACCCUGCCUUCCUGCACCCUGACCUCCUACAGCCCCACCUCUGCCCCAGACGCGGGACCAAGCUACCCAGGCUAUGAAGCAGCGGCGCACUCGGCAGCCGGUCCUCAGUGUCCCCCACUGCUGCCCCUCCAGCUGCCACCGCCUCCCCAGCAGCCUCCAGGCUCCCUGUGGGGCGGCCCAGGAAGCAGUCCCAGGGCCGGGUCUGCCGGCAGCCUCUCUGGCAAGCUCCUGGCUCCCUGCAAGCUGCUGAAACCCAAGGGUGGCCCCAGGGAGCCCCCACUUCACUACUGUGACAUCUGCAAGAUCAGCUGCGUGGGUCCCCAGGCCUACCACGAGCACCUAGGAGGGCAGAAGCACAAAAAGAAAGAGGCGGCCCAGAAGACAGGCACCCAGGUCAGCGGCGGCCCGGGCGGGGUGCCGGCGCGUCUGGGCUGUGGCCUCUGUGCCGUGUGGUGCCCGGGGCCGGACGCCUACGCUGCUCACAUCCGGGGCGCCAGGCACCAGAAGGUCUUGAAGCUGCACACUAAGUUGGGGAAGCCCAUCCCUAUCAUUGAACCACUGCUGGGGGACUCCAGCUCGGCCCAGGCCACCUGCACCAGCAAGCCGGCCCCCCUCGCCACAGAGAGUCCCCCCAUGGCCUCUGCUAAGCCCACAGCCCCUGCUGGCCCCGGCAUGUGCGCCCUGAGCAAGCCAGCGCUGGCCAGGACACCAGUGGCUUUGAAGGCCAGGAGUGUGGGGCCUUCUAAGCCUCAGGCGGCGAGCAGCAGGGCCCCAGAGGGCAAACGGGCACGCCUCGCCCCAGAUGGGCCUAGAGAUCCGCCUGCCCGAGGAGGCUCCGCAGAAGCUUCUGGAAGCUGUGAUGCGCAGCCAGUGGGCCUAGACUACGUGGAAGAGGUGCGCAACGGGGAAGGCAAGGUGGUCCGGUUCCAGUGCAGCCUGUGCGAGUGCAGUUUCGGCGACACCACGGCCAGGGACACGCACGUGCGGGGGCGGCGGCACCGGCUGCAGUACAAGAAAAAGGUGGACCCUGACCUCCCGUUUGCGGUGAAGCCCAGCCACAGAGCUCGGAAGCUGCUGGAGGCCAGGCUGAGGAAGCAGAGGCAGCUGACCAGGAAGUGGCUCGAGGAGAUGCGGCGCUGGCGCGAGCAGCUGUGCAGGAGGCGACUGGAGGAGGGGCCCCAGGCCCCGGAUGAGCACUCCGGACCCUCGCCACCCGACCAGCACUCUCCUUCCCUCAUCAGCAGGCCGGGGGCACCUGCCGGCUCACCUGUGUGUGCGUGGCGGCCGGAGUCCAGUGACGACCGGCAUGUCUUGUGGAAGCACACCACCGUCUACCCCACGGAGGUGGAGCUCCUGGCCGUGCAGAAGGCCGUGUCCCACUCGGAGCGCGCCCUCAAGCUGGUGUCCGACACGCUGGCCGAGGAGAACUCCGGAAGCCCAGAGCACGCGGGCAGUGAGCACAGCGGCGGCCUGUCCUCAGCUCGGAUCCUGAAGGGCGUGAUGCGGGUCGGCCUCCUGGCGAAGGGCCUGCUCCUGCGGGGAGACAGGACCGUGCAGCUGGCCCUGCUGUGCUCGCAAAAGCCCACGCGCGCCCUCCUGCGAAGAGUCUCCGAGCAGCUGCCCCAGCAGCUCCCGAUGGUGACAGAAGACAAGUACGAGGUCUCCUCUGACUCCGAAGACAUCAUCAUCAUUUCCUCCUGUGAGGAGCCCAGGAUGAGGGUCACUGUGUCCCUCACCUCGCCCCUGAUGCGGGAGGACCCUUCCAUGGACCAAGAGGGAAUGCAGGUGCCUCCGUCCGACCCAGGUGACGUCCUGAGCCCAGAGAAGUGCCUCCAGUCACUGGCUGCCCUCCGCCACGCCAAGUGGUUCCAGGCUCGAGCCAGCGGCCUGCAGCCGUGUGUGAUUGUCCUCAGGGUCCUCCGUGACCUCUGCCAGCGUGUGCCCGCCUGGGGGGCCCUGCCACACUGGGCCAUGGAGCUGCUGGUGGAGAAGGCUCUGAGCAGCGCGUCAGGGCCCCUCAGUCCUGGGGACGGCGUGAGGCGUGUCCUGGAGUGUGUGGCCUCGGGGACACUCCUGACAGAUGGGCCUGGGCUCCAGGAUCCCUGCGAGAGAGACCAGAGGGACGCCCUCGGGUCCCUGACCCCCCAGCAGCGCGAGGACAUCACGGCCAGUGCCCAGCACGCCCUGCGCUUGUUGGCGUUCCGGCAGAUCCACGCGAUCCUGGGCAUGGAGCCUCUGCCGCCCCCCAGAAGCAGGCCCGGGCCGCGCUUCCGCAAGAGGCUGCGGGAGGCGUGUGCGGCUCCCGAGGGCGACGUCCAGAGGAAGCAGGGCCGGCUGGGCGGAGAGGGUCCCGCGUGAGCAGCCUCACCCCUGCACGUGAUUCCCUGGUUUCAUCCCGACGACGUUGGACUGUCGUGUUUUCCUUUACAGGAAGGCUCCAUGGGUUUCUUUAAAAACACUCGUGUUUAAAUCCUCACGUUAUCCCGGAGUGAGAGCUGCAUGGGGCCACCCCCUCCCCACCCUGAGGCCCCCAUGGCGGGGUAGAAGGUGCCGCACAGCGAUGGUAAACCCUGGCGUUUCUCGCUAGCUUUGCAUUCGCCCGUGGCCUACUAAGCGUCUGGGUUUCUGAGGCACUUCCUUUGGAUGCCGCAGCUGUGCGUGGACUUGAAGCCCUGCCGACCGGCCCGUCUCGGCUGGGGAGGCAGGCCAGGGAGAGCUGGGGGGUGGGGGCAAGGCUGAGGGCACAGCCAGGCCAGGGCAAGGCUGAGGGCACAGCCAGGCCAGGAGCGCCCCCUCCAGACCCCCAGCCUAGAGACACCCCCCCCACCACCACCACCAGAGGUCUGCAGGCCUGAGCUGGGCGGUGCCUCUCCAGCCCAUGUCCACCCUCAGGGAGGGUGGUAGGGCCGAGUGGUGGUGAGGAUGCAGGCCGGGCGCCCCCCUCGCCCCCCAGAGAGGUCUGUGACCCACAGUCGGCCCUGGCCCCAUACCACUGAGUGCCUUCUAACGCUGCCGUCUGCCACUUCCGUUCGGGCCUGGGCUUCGCCCUCGCUCCCACUUGGGUGCAGCCGACGCAGGCCCAGGGCCGGGCCUGGUGGGCAUGGGGGCAUCCCUGGCCCAGCCCCUGCCCUGAUGCGACCUCCCUCUUUGCUGGGGCGUUUUGUCCAGCUGCCGGGUGGUCCUGAAGGAGAGAAGCCCAUCUGUGGUCAGUCGGGCCCUUCAAUUUCGUUUCUGUGUUUAGGGGACAGCUGGAGUGUGGCUUUGUGUCUCAUGUCCUCCUAGAGCUAGCGGAGAGUUUGCAGGGGGCGGGGAGUGAAUAAACCAUGUCUUCUGGUGUGGACUGUGUGGUCUUUCCCUCAGGGCCCUCCCGCUACUCCCUCCGGGCUCCGAGCAAGGGGCGCCUGACCAGCCAGCAUCUCUCUCUGGGACUCAGGCCGCGGGUGUGAACAGUGAGGACGUCUGAGAAGCUGGCGCUGCCCGGAGGCUGCACCCCGACAUGUGGGUCCCUCGGGCGACCCCCACACCAGGGUGCCCUGGGGACCCUACCCGAGAAGCAUUCAUCCCACGUGCCCCACGGCUGCUCAAGGAACCCAUCUUGGCCUGGUCCCAGAAAUGAGCAGUGGGGCCAUCAGCGGGAAGGUCGGGGGCCCAGAGGGCUUCCUGGGGGAGGAGGCAGCCAAGCUGAGUUGGGGUAGGGGGGCUCUCCGCCUGCAGGUCCCCUACCUGGAGUUUUCCCGAAUGUUCAUUGCAAACCUCAGCGGGGAGAGCGAGGGUUCACGUGGGGAGACGUGGUCCCGGGCUGAGCUUCUGACAGCUUCAAGCGCCAGGGCAUCCCCAGGCAGUGAGGAUGGGGCAUGGGUGGGGAGCAGGGGCAGGACGCAUGGGUGGCCAGCGGGAGCGGCACAUGUCAGAGCACAGGCACGCAGACCAGGGCAGGGAGACGCCAGGACCCCCCUUCUCAGAGCUGAGCCAGGGGACCGCCCGCCCCUUGGGCGGACGAAGCCGAGCCUCGUCCUAGCAGGCACAUUAUCUCCUGGAAACUGGAAGCAGCUGGCCCCUGCCUAACCACUGCUACUUCCCCGGGAGGGCAGGCCCCUCCCCUCUGCCUCUAGGGCCACGGCCCCCCUGCCUCCUGCGGGCACCCUGACAACACCUAGGCGUCGGAGCCAGCCCCUCGGCUGGUCCUGGCCGCGGCCGCAGACGGGGCACAGGGGAGGGUGCCGAUAGUCUCCUGCCGCAGAGCUUCACCAACCCCCCUCCCUCUGCGUCUGUCGGUGGCUCUGCCCGUCAGCCAGCGCCCCAGGCUCACCCCCGCCACCACUGGGGAGUCCUACUGGGUUCCUCUGUGCUCGAGUUCAAGCCAUCAGGAAGUGCUGUCGGCCCCACUUCUGCCUGCCAUCACAGUGGCCCAUCUGCUGCUUCAGUCCUCAAGCAGGAAGAGCUCAGAAUAAAACUCCAAAUACCAACAAAGCCCCACAAAAGCCCAUCCCCCACCCUCUCCCUCCAUAAUGCCACUUCAGACCCACAAGCCUCUGCUGUCCUCAGACCUAUUCUCGCCCCAGGGCCUUUGCACCUGCUGUUCCCACUACCUAGUAAGCUCUUCUCUGACCUAUAUGGCCAGCGACGCCUCCCUUCCCUCGGGUCUCAGCCCAGGUGUCACCUCCUCAAAGACUCCUUGACCACCUCACCCAGUCACAUAACCAUAUUCAUUUUCUGUACCCCUCACACCACUGAUUAAAAUCACGCGUUCCCUGCCUUCCACCGGGGACGAGAAUUCUCUGCGGGCAGUGAGUGCAUCCGCUUUGUUCACCGUGGUAUCCCCAGGUCUAGAACAGACCAAGCACAUAGUAGUCACCCAGUAAACGUGUCAAAUGCUUGAAGCCAUGCUCUGACACCCAGAGAUGAGUCUCACUGUCCGAGGGACGUGCCUUGUGGCUGGGAGGACGCCGUUUGUUGCCGUUUUAUCCCAGGAGACUGUUGUAAUGGUUUGCGCGAGAGGCUUCAGCUAAGGCAAGGGCAACAGGAUGGCGGGAAGGGAGGCUGGCUUGGCCUCCAGGGCGACCACUUGGCAGCC